UAUCUUCCUCUUCGUCGCUCGCACGUCCGAUCCGUCCUCACGUAACACGCCGAUAGAUGGAGUCGUCCAUGUCCAUGUCCGCCGCCGCCUCGGUCGUCGUGAGGACAUGCGUUCCGGCCGCUGUCAUGUUGCCCCUCUCCCCGUCCUUUACUAGGCCCGCCCCCCGCACCACCGGGCGAGGCUUCCGCUGCAGGUGCAGCAGCACCAGCAGCGCCACCAAGGACUCGGCGGUCGUGUACAGCAGGCUGCUGGACGACGCGCUGUUCCGGUCGGCGGAGGUGAUCCAGUGGGAGAGCGGCAAGUCCAUGAACGCCAUCGCCACGGCGCAGGGCAUCCAGAUCCGGCGGCGCUGCCGGCCCAGGUACCCGUCCGAGGGCACCGGCGCCGAGCGCGCCGUCCCGCGCAACAUCCUGGAGCAGAUCAUCUGGGACAAGGAGGUGGAGGUGGCCCAGCGCAAGGCCAGGACGCCGCUGUGCGAGGUGAAGGCGUCCGCCGCGCUCGCGCCGCCGCCCAGGGACUUCGUCGGCGCGCUGCGCGCCGCGUGCCGCCGCAACGCCGUCCCCGCGCUCGUCGCCGAGGUCAAGAAGGCGUCGCCCAGCAAGGGCCUCCUCAGGGACCACUUCGACCCGGUGGAGAUUGCUCGCACCUACGAGAAGAACGGCGCGGCGUGCCUGAGCAUCCUGACCGACGAGAAGCACUUCCAGGGGAGCUUUGAGAACCUAGAGGCCGUGCGCAGCUCCGGUGUAAACUGCCCUCUGCUCUGCAAGGAGUUCGUCAUCGACGCCUGGCAGAUCUACUACGCGCGCUCGAAAGGCGCGGACGCGGUCCUCCUGAUCGCGGCCGUGCUGCCGGACAUCGACAUCACCUACUUCCUCCGCGUCUGCAAGAGCCUUGGGAUGACAGCUCUCGUCGAGGUUCAUGAUGAGAGGGAGUUGGAUCGCGUCCUCAAGAUAGACGGUGUGGAGCUCAUCGGCAUCAACAACCGCAGUCUUGGGACAUUCGAAGUCGACACUGCAAACACAAACAUGUUGUUAGAGAAGCGUGGCGACAUCAUUAACGAGAAGCGAAUACAGGUUGUGAGCGAGUCUGGGCUGUUCACUCCCGAUGACGUGGCAUAUGUGCAAAAAGCUGGUGUUUUCGCGGUUUUGGUAGGAGAGUCCCUGCUGACGCAGGAAGACCCUGGCCGAGCGAUUGCUGGGCUGUUCGGGAAGGAGCUGUUACCUUAAUGUAUAUUCUCCCGUUGUUCCGCUCGUAUUGUUUAGCUAAUUAUUAUAUUGCUGUACGUAUACGUAGCAAUAAUCCCGGCCGGGCUUUCAGAGUGAAGAAAGGCUGCAAAGCGCAUAUAUGAACGAACAAAGCUAGCGCUGUAUUUGUAAGAUCGAGCAGUUGUUUGUUCACUUCUUUGCAUAUAUAAUAAUCAUAUAAUGCGCAGUGAUUUGUUU